AUGGAUCCGAAUUUAUUUGAGACGCUUAUCAAAAACAACUACAACAAUCCGGGAUCCGACGAAAAACAACUACAUCGGGCCGAGCGCUCGCUUAUUUUCGGCAGCCAACGCGAGCCCGUGAACGGUAAAUUGGGAUAUGAAGCUGUACAUUUAUAUAGCGGGGGCUCCAUCAGUCGUCAUUACGCGGACAUGAGGCGGGCUGUGCUCCUCCCCCUUCCACCCCCUCCAACCCCCUCCAACUCCAUACCCCGUCCCUCACCUGAGGGGACCAAGAUUGAUACCCACCGCAGCAACCACUGCGCUCUGACAGCUUGUUAU